AUGGCUGGCAUAAGCUUCAUUAUUGGCAUCAUUGGCAACAUCAUUUCUAUACUGGCAUAUAGCUUGAUAAGUGUAGAUUUUGGUCUUACUCCAGAUAUUCUUGUUGUAACUGUGAAUGGUGCUGGUGCCGUGCUUCAGUUCAUCUAUGUUACUCUUUUUCUCAUUUAUGCUCCAAAGGAUAAAAAGAUUAAGACGGCAAAGUUGGUGGCCAUAUUGAACGUUACUUUUCUUGGAGUCGUGAUUGCAAUAACUCUCCUAGCAAUGCAUGGAAGUUUACGAACUACCUUUGUUGGAAUUUUAUGUGCUGCAUUAACCAUUGGCAUGUAUGCUUCACCCUUAUCAAUUAUGAGAACAGUGAUAAAGACUAAGAGUGUGGAGUACAUGCCGUUUUUGCUCUCCUUUUUCCUAUUCCUGAACGGAGGUGUCUGGUCCGCUUAUGCAGUGCUUGUCAAGGACUUCUACAUAGGCGUCCCAAAUGCUGUGGGUUUCAUACUGGGGUCAGCUCAGUUGAUCCUUUACAUAAUCUACAUGAAUAAGCCGAAGGCAACGAUCGACGAAAAAGACUCGGUCCACGUCCAGCAGGUGAAAGAAGGCAUCGAGAUGCCUGCCAAGGGUGAUAGUGAUGAUGAUGAUGAGGAAUUGGGCAAUCUGAAGGACAGAAGCAUAACUGAGGGAAAGACUAAGAGCCUGCCAAAGCCAUCGGUUGAUAGACAACACAGCUUGCAAAAGCUGAAGAAGACACUCUCUUCUGGGGCUUAUGAGUUAUUGCAACAUUCAAGCUGGGCUAAUGAUGCUCCACUCCGACCUGAAGAUGAUGGUAUUGACAACAUUUUGAACACAAAAAUAAAUGUUGGUCCGCAUGCCAUUAUUAUCGCAACAUUAGCACAAAAGUCUAGUGAUUAA